AUUCUUCUAGCUGUGAAAUGAAAGCACACGCUAUAAUGAUCGCACUGCCUUAUCAGGGCCAUCUGAACCCGUUUGUCGAUCUCGCAGUGAAGCUAGCUUCAAAGGGCAUAACCGUCACUUUCGUUAACACUGAACAUGCUCACCAUCAGAUUGCAAGAUCCCAAGAACUCCCCGACGCCGGUUCAAAUAUCUUUGCGGCGGCCCUCGACAUACGCUACGCCACCAUCUCUGAUGGCUUCCCCCUCGAUUUCGACAGAGACCUUAACUUCAUCGACUACUGGGAGUCUUUCCUAAGUGAUUUUCCAUCUCGUGUUGCUGAAUUCGUCGGCCACAUAAUAUCGUCGUCGGAUCCAUCGGUGCCGUCGUUCUUGGUUUCCGACACUUUCGCUGCAUGGCCAGCGAUGGUCGCCCAAAAACACAACCUGGUCAAUGUCUCGUUCUGGACUCAGCCUGCCACAGAGUUCGCUAUUAAUUAUCACUUACAUCUGGUUAAACAAAAUGGUCAUUAUCCCCCUACUAAAGAUGAUGAGCAGAUGAUAAAUUACAUCCCCGGAGUAGCGCCGAUCAGUACGAAAGACUUGAUGUCGCAUCUUCAAGAAUCCGAUGCAACAAUAGCUGAUGAGAUUGUUUUCAGAGCUUUUGAAGAGGUUGUCAAGGCGGAUUUCAUCCUGCACAACACAGUGCAAGAAGUAGAACCUCACACUCUCUCAUCCCUGAGCCAGAAACAAGCAACAUAUGCUAUAGGCCCCAUCAAUUUCUCCACCAAAUGCAGUGUUCCAAAGAGCUUGCGCCGCCAAGUAGACUGCUCCGAGUGGCUCGAGGCAAGGCCUCAUGGCUCGGUCUUGUACAUCUCAUUCGGAAGCAUCGCGCAGACUAAUAGACAAGUGAUACAAGAGAUAGCCCACGGCCUUGUCAUUAGUGGUGUGAGCUUCAUUUGGGCGAUCCGGCCUCAGAUUGUGAUGGAUGAUGACAGAGAUGUCUUGCCUUGUGGAUUUAAAGAGAAUGUUAGAGAUAGGGGGCUCGUCCUGCCGUGGUCCGAUCAACUUUAUGUGCUUUCUAGCCCGGUUGUCGGGGGAUUUUUGACGCACUGUGGGUGGAAUUCGAUUCUGGAGAGCGUGUGGUGCGGUGUCCCCAUGAUAUGUUACCCGAUUUUGUACGAUCAGCCUACCAAUCGGAAGUUGGUGGUCGAUGAUUGGAAGAUCGGAAUCAAUCUUUGCGAUGGGGAAUCUGUAGGCAAGGAAGAAGUUGCGGAGAAGAUAAAUAAGGUGAUGAGUGGUGAAGCAUCAGACUGUAUCAGGAAAAAUUUGAAGGAAAUGAGGACCAAAUUGCAAGAUGCUUGGAGUGAGAAUGGUUCGUCUCAGAUAAACUUUGAUAGGUUUCUUAGGGAUUUGAAUGAUAAAAUCUAG